AUGCCAAAAAUGAAUAUCCAAGAAACCAGAACACAAGCUAGCCUGCACUCUCAGGCACAGAAACCAUUAGAAAAAAGAAAAUCAAUCAAAAACAACCAACUUGGAGUGAUGAAUAGCAAGAAUAGAUAA